AUCUCGGCCUUUGUCAACCCCGCUGGAUCUAGAUCUACAGGGCCGCUGAGCGGAUCUCUGGUCUCCAAGUCCAAAUUUCCCCGUCUAAUCACCAUAUUGUUUCGUGGGGAGGAAACCCGAGUAUAUCAGUUCUUCGUUCGAAUUCACCAACCAGUACCCGAUUUUCCCCCGCUCAUGCUCAUCCAGGACGACUUCGUUGGCCCGAAAAUGAAUGUCGAUCGGCAUUUGCAGCGAUCCAGCUGGAAGGCCGAGGCCAUUCGGCGGGGGGAGCUGAAGAUCAGCGGGCCGAUUCCCAUCACGGAGGAGACGCCGCUGAACGAGGAGGAAGAGAGACAGUAUGCGGAGAAGGGGCAUUUGGAUCUGCAUACGUCGGCGCAGUCGGUGGACUCGGAUAUUUUGGGAAUUCAGCAGGCCCAUACGCCUUCAGUGCAACCGGUCGUGACUGAAAACGUGAGUCCGAAUGGAACGGGCGACGAGGGAAUCGCGGCAGAGGAGCAGGAACCCGUACAUGUGCUUAGACAUAAGGUGUCGAGAGAUAGUCUCCGAGGCACCGGCGAGUUGCAAGCAAGGAGCUCGACGCAGCCGCUGUCGUACGCCGCCAGCAGCCCUUACGCGCCUCUUCCUCGGAGCUCUACGACAGCGGCCGCGAAGAAGAAAAGAGGAGGCAGUAUUCGAAAUGUCUUCCGCAAAAUGUUUGGACGGCGUGGUCGCGAAGAGCAGCAUGAGCCUUCGGAACCGGUGAUUCGGCAUUCGCACCAUCGCAGUGAGCCGAUAACCAUCCACGAGUCCCCGAAAAUGACGCGAGAAAACGUCUCCGGAACGACACGUAUAUCCGACCUCCCCGUCCCCGAACUCGAGCCCAUCAAUCCGCUGGGCCAACAUCUUCCCUUCCCCAUGAACGUCAAUGCUCCCCAGCAAGCAAGUCCGCCGCACAAUUAUAUCUCUUUCGACCGCCCGUCCCUGGAGACUAUGGGAAGACGGGCCACUCUUCCGAAUAUCUUACACCACCAUACCGUAGCCGGGCAGGACGACGCCGCAGACCCAGAGCCCCCGCAGCAUGACGGCCGACAAAUCGGCAUCGCCCUGUCCAGUCCCCCGCAAACCUCCCAUUCCAUUCAGUCCAAGCGACGAUCGCGAAGUGCAGGCGCUUUGCGGGACUUGGCUAGAAACCGCCCUUCCGUGGAGCGGAGACGCAGCGACGAGAUUCGCUAUUGGAGGGCGAGUAAUCAGUCCGGGAGCGUUUAUAGCACCGUGAGCCCGAGGCCGCAGACUGCGAGGACGGUCGAUACGGUGCGCACGGUCGAGGGGUUAGGUGCGACGGUGGUGCACGAAUACAGGGUGCACGAAGUCGAAGCCCCCGAACGAGCCGAGUCGAGGACCGCCCAGGUCGAAGAGAUUCCCCAAGCGGAGUUGGAGCAGGAAUCGCAGGUGCCGCUACCGCUGCCUGUUGGAGCGUUCAAUUUCGGCAACUUGCAGAGCAGUUUCCUCGACGUGGAGGGUCCAGAAGACGAAGACGAGGAAGUACAAGCAGAAGCAGAAGCAGGAAGUCCCCACCCAACCCCCCAUCCACACAACCGCCUAUCCAUAGAAGACCGCGUCUCACACCUCGAAUCCCACCUCCUCUCCCUCGAAACCAAAGUCCGGCAAAUCUCCACCUGCAACAACCGCCACACAAUCAUAUUAGAAAACGCACCCUCGGGACCACAGUACCGCAACCGGACCUCCUCCCCCUCACAACCUCAGACCCACUCGUCCACCCCAGAGCGCACCACCCCACCAAGCCCUCCGCACCCUCAUCCUCCAUCGCCAACCCUGCAAUCCCUCUCCUUCUCCUCUCCCUCUCCUCCUCCAAACGCACACGUCGCCGUAGCCUCCUCCACCGAGUCUCUAACCACCCACCUCACACACCUCACGCAAGCCCUGCACAGCGAGCGCCUGGCCCGCAAAGCCCUCCAACACGAUGUCUCGGUCUUGCGCAACGAGAUUGCGUCCUUGCACGCGCUGGUGCAUAGAUUGCUCUCGCGCUCGCAGCUGGGGAGUCCGUCGUAUCCGACGCCUUCGCCUGAUGCUAUUGUUGCGAGUAGUGAGGAGCAGCGGGGGGCUACGCCGCGUGCGCCUGGGCUGGGUGUCGAGGGCGGGAAGGAGCAGGGGGGAGGGUCGCCGGAGACGUUAAGGAUGGGGAGGGUGAGGGAUACAGUUGUGAGUCGGUUUAGUGGGAGUGAGAGUGAGAGGGAUGGUGAUGGGGAGGGGGAAGGGGAGAGUGUGCUUAGUGGGAGGGAGGAGUUGGCGAGUUUGGAGGCGUGGGCUACGCCUAGGGAGGAAGUGGUGAAGGAGUUUUGAGGGAGAGAUGAAGGGUGGGUUGGGAUUGCUGGGUGUGAUGGUGUCGUUUGGUGGGUGUGGUUACGCAUCGUGUUGAUUGG